AAAAAACCCCUCCCGUUGCCAACACCAUCCACAAAUACCGGCCACUCGAAGGAUGAUGCUAUGGUAGAUGCGCUUUUUACCCUCCAUCGGAAUGGUGGGUGUUUCGGGUGGUCACAUGCGCAGUGCGCGCCUGCUCGCCGGAGAAGAGGCAGAAUGUGUCAUCUGCCCGGAAACAAUCGUGCUCCCCCGCUUUUCCAGCGGAAAACCCGCACGAAAACGGGAACGCUUCGCUGUUUACGCGGAGAAGCGCGCGUGGCCAACCGAAAGGUGUGCGUGUAUAUCAAUAUCAACAGAGCGCUCUUUUUCACCACGAUGUUUUCCCGUUUUUUUCUACUCACCCCAACCCAAAACGGCCGUGUGGAAAAACGUCGUGACGUGAAGCUUUCGUGGUGAUUUUCCUCCAACGGGGAGCAAUCGGUCGUGGACAGUGCACUGGCGCGGACCGAUUUUUCCCGUGCGAGCUUGCUCGAGAAAAACCUUUGGAAUAAAACUUGGUUGCUGCACAUAUUUCAUUCAUGUGCUACGAAGAACGCAACGCCUUAGAGUACACGGACGAAGUACAAAAGUUUGUGGCGCAUUUCGUAACGGUGUGUGGAUAACGCUUCGUUUGGGAAGUGAGUGAGUUUUUUGGAGUGCAAAGCUAAAGAACAAACCCAUCCAUACGCACAUUCCGUCACAUAUGGUUGGCGAAAAACGGUGCCAUCGGUGCGGCAACAGUGGUAUCGCGAUAGUUGUGUGGCUUAAGGACGGCGUUCUUCCAGCGGCCCGAGCAUAACAUCCUGGCAUCGGGUGGCAUUGUGGCAACAAAAGGUCACAACAAUAGGCAACAGAUUACCCCGUUCCGGGCCGGGGGGUGGCUGUAUUUUCUUUUUCAUUGUUUGCUCGAACUGGAGCGGAAAAUUCAGUCCCGAGCGCACACAACGCUACGUCUCGCUCGCGCUCUCCCGUGUGUGUGUGUGUGUGUGUGUGUGUGUGUGGUGCGUCGACCGCAGUUGCAAUCGUCGUUUCGGUAAAGGACAUUCCCAGCACGUCGGUUCACGGUGGUGCACCGUUUGCUGAAAACCCUCGCAGCGGGACGGACCGGGGGGCGAGUGGUGCAGGCGGCCACCAUGGAGCUGAUACGGAAGAAGAUGAAACCCUACCAACCGUCGGAACAGCUGGUGGUGCGCGACAGCGUCAGCCUCAGCAUGGACGAGGACCUGAGCGAUGACGUGGAGGACGAGGUGUUCAUACGGGACGGGCGCACCUGUCGCACGUACGAGGACCGGGGUGCGAAACGGCCCCUGAUGGCACCGCGCCGCAAGUACGGCAAAGCAACAAGUGGCAAUGGGAGCGCGGGUGGCAAUGGGGUUGGCGGCGUGCGGUCGUCGAGCCCCAUCCUGAAGAAGUAUCGCCGCCGGAAGUGCUGGAAGUGUUGCGAACCGUUCUGCUACGGGCUGGCUGCGGUGACCGUGCUUAUCGGUCUUAUAGUGUUGGCUGCACUGCUGCUGACGGCUUUCCCACAGCCACUGCAAAAGAUCAAGAUAUGGUUUCACAAGGAGUCCGCCUUUAGCAGCGCCGUCAUACGGGACAAGUUCAGCAGUUUAAUGUACACCGCCGAUGGUACAACGUACGGAGGUCCUGACGGACGCAACGGCACGCUUGAGGUGGUCCCCUGCACCCAGAUAACGGUUCAAAACGUGUGGACACGUGUGAUUGCUCGCGUAAACACUGAGAGUCCUCUGCGGAAGCUGGACGUGAAUGGGGACGGUGUGGAUGACAUCAUUGUUGGGUAUGGGAUCGACGAGAUGGUCGACGAAGGAGUGCGAGAUUACAUCCCCCAGUGUACGUCGCGCAAGACGGGCAUCACCGAUCUGUGCGGUGGUGGCCUGUUGGCGUUGAACGGAAUCGAUGGUGAAACACUGUGGCAACGGUGGACAUCGUUUACGAUCUUCUCGCUAAAGUGUAACAUCGACAUCAACUCGGACGGUGGGAAUGACUGUGUGGCAGCCGGGCGGGGCGGACUUAUAUUGGCGCUGGAUGGACACAACGGCCGCAUACUGUGGGAGCUGAAGGAUUAUUCGGACUUGGAAAGCUACGCAGAAAUAAACAUCGAUCUGUACACGAUCAAUGUGGUGCGGGACUUGAACGGGGACGGUAUAUCGGACCUUAUCGCGGUACACGUGGAAGAAACGCAACGAGCGCACGGUGGACACAUCAAGCUAAUUUCCGGCGCUACCGGAACCAUCUUACGCAGCAUUCCCACCCCGUACCGGGAGGAAAUGUUUGUACCGAUCCAGGAGUUACCGAGGGCGGAUGGUUCGGAUGUGUUUCUGGUGGUCACCGGUGGGCAGAAUUCGCCCGGUGGCGUUUACGUACUGAAGCAGGAGAACCUCAUGAAGUACCCGGGCGAAAGUGCAUUCGAGCCGAUCGUACGGCUAGAGUCGUCCGGAUUUAUGGUACCGGCCGUACUGUCCGACCUGAACGGAGACGGUACGGAGGACAUUGUGGUCAGCUCGUUCAACUCGACCGUGUACGCGUUCGAUGGGGUGAAUCGUACGCAGCUGUGGUCCUACACGAUCGCCGACUCGGAGAGCGUUAGCUCGAUCGUCCCCGGACACUUCGACCAUGACAAUGUGACGGACUUUAUGGUGAAGUACAAUACGGGGCCAGGAUUUCCGAUUUACUACUACUCGCAAACGAUGAUCAUCAACGGCACGAAUGGGAAACCAUUUUUGGACAGUUCGAUCAAAGAUUCUGGUGGUCCUAACGGGUUGCUCGGAGGCAUAACUAUCUCCCAAACCGGCGGAGGUGAUCUGUUUCUACAUUGGCAAACACAGUGCCGGAAUCGUACGACAGACACAACGGAGGAGUAUCAGUUCAUACCCGAAAGCGACGUUAUCCAACAAUCACGUGCGGACACGUGCGCGUUGCGUUACAACCAAUCGUCAGUGCUUAAGCUGUACGCCAUAACGCGUCACGUGGAGCCACCGGGUGCGGUCAUAUUUUCGUCCGAUGACUUAACAAUCCGGCUAAACGAAACGGGCACAUCGGAGCAAGCGCAACCGAACUAUGUGGCACCGAUGAAACAUCCGAAGAUGAAGCUAAAGGGACGCAACGAUGGUCAGAGCAGUGCAACGAUGCGCAAAACUUCCGUCGAGGCGGCAGCCGUAGGACAACAGGCAACGAACCAGGCCGACGUCCGUAUGGAUAAAAAGUUAUCGCCAUCGCAACAGCCCAACCCGGUCCCGGUGGGAGUUGUAGUGGAUAGUCCGGGUCAGGCGGCGGUUCUCGGCAACCGGCGCAAGGAUCCCUUCCGCGGGCAGCAGCAAUCCGCAGCAGCGGCACAAUCGAUCGACACCCUUGCGGAGGAAGAAGCGAAGCGGCAGGAGAAGAUGGCGCUGAACAAUGUGUACAAAAAGUACAUCUACAAUGCGAACGACCAGGAAGCGGUCGGGGAUCUUGCCGGUCCGCUAGGUGCGAUGGGUGACGAGGGUAGAGGUGGUGAUGAACGAAAGCCGUACAUCUAUCUUCCCUACGAUCAAAUGGAGCAGGAUGGCCGCAAUCCUUACUUGACGAAUCAAAUCCCACAGGGUCCGGUCGGUGGUUUGGACUAUGACUAUGGAACGUCACCGCUUGAGGAGGACGGACGACCAAUUCCCGUACCGUACAAGCGUCCGCGCUAUCGCUCCAACGGACGAGACGUUCGCAGCAAGUUUGGCGUUUUCGACGACAUAGAACUUCACGAUCGUUCACUGGAGGAGCAGGUGUUCAACGAGUCCAAUCCGAACUCGCAGAUCGUGAAGAAAGUGUUGCUCAACGAUGAGAUAAUGGACGAUUUGAAGAACGCCGACCUGGGCACCAAGGGUUCUAAGGAGACACUAUGGGAUUUGGAGAUGGAAAAGGAGGCUAAGGAAGCUAUGAACGAUGUCAACGCUAUGAACUAUGAGUAUAAUAAUAAGGCCCGACGUCAGGCAGGAACUACUGUCCCGGUCAAAACGACGACAAGCGCAACUCCAUCAACCACCAUCCCGGCAUUGCUGCAGAAGCAGCCCUUGGUACUUCCAAACGAAAACAUUCUUCCCUCGAUCGCUUCGACCGGUGUAUUGCUGAAAUCGGUCACCAGCACGGGCGGCGGUACUACCACACCGACCACUUCCACCACACCAGCCACCCUUACCCCGUCAACGAUCGACUACGUAUUUGUGAUGAACAUCCGCGAAUCGGAACAGUAUCCACCACUGUUUCUCGAUUCCGACCUCAGCUGCAUACAGGAAAAGAUGCAAGCCUACCGGACGUACCGUAACGAGGAUAUGGUUCAGCUGGAGAAAAAGUUCUUUGCCCAGUGUUUGAAGGCACGGUUGCCCAACUUCCUCACACCACAGUACCCUCGGUUCGAGACACAAAUCAUCGUCACGCGGGUGGAGAUCGGAUGUGGCUGCAGUGCCGAUUUGAACCCGGCACGUGAAGUUUGCUCCAAGCUGCACAGCUACGAGCAGCAACGGUGGACCCAGUACAUGGGCAAUGAUGGGCACGGUCGCUACUGAAACUGUGCCGGGGAGAAAGAACAGAUUUUUUAAAUGACUCUCUGUGACUCUCUCUCUCUAUCUUUCUCUUCUCAACAAAUGGAAGGCUGUUCCUGCUGUAUUCUUCUUGUUGGAAGUAUUAUUGUGCCAUUUUUUUACUUUACCAGUUUGUAAUAAUCUGUUGCGCAAAAUUGUGGGCUGGGACACAGUUUUUUUUUUAAUGCUGUUCAUUGGUGACACAACUGACAAAUUCAAAACCGUCGUACAAAAAAGAGGUGAAUUGAGGUAUAGUGUGCUGGGCGUAGAUGAACGGACGGACAGUAAGCAGGAUUUGAGCACACAUUGGAAAGCUUCAAACAUACUAUUUUAUCAUCCUUUCCUCGGUGUAAAGUAGUGAUGGGAAUAACUACUCAGUAACGCGAAUUAAAUCAGAGCGAAUGAGUUAGAAUAGUGAGUCAAAUCUUAAACUCACUCUGUAAGAGUUAAAUCUCGAGGAAUGAUUUAACGCUCCGUGCCGAUUAAUCACUCGCUCACUGUGUUGUAAACUCUUAUCUAUCGAAGCGAUAUUUAACUCACGAGUGAGUAAAACGAAGUGAGUGAGUUAAUACGAAGUGAAUGAGUUAAAAAGCAUUAAGUGAGUGGUUGGACGGCACGGAGAGUUCAAUCAUAAAUGAGUUGAAAUUUCUCUGAAGUGAUGAUUCAAAUCAUCUCAUUCAUUGCUGACUCAGUUUGCACAUCACUAGUGUAAAGUAGGCUAGGCAAAAAGGGGUUUUUGCAUGGUGUUUGAACCGAACUACCAACCAUCAUCACCAUUAACUACUACUACUUGAGUGAACCGCAGAUAGGACAAUCCCCUUACGCAAAGUGAAGUGUUGAUAAAUCAGAGAAGAAAAUUAUAUUAAUGUACAUUUAGAAUAGCAACAGAUUGAGGGAAGCCAACGGUAAGAGGGCCACUCCGAUGAAGCUACUGUUUGGUGAUUAGUGGCCAGCGCAUACUUAUGCAUACUGAUAUCAUACAAUAUCGAUCAAAAGUAUUAUCAGAUUAGAUAAGAUCAGCCAGAAGCAUCAGUAUGGAAGUGGAGGUUUGAAAAACGGAAUAUUUACAAGAAUGGUAUCGAGCAAAUGGAAGCUACUAAACUAUGUAACGAGAAAACAAGUGAUUACCGAUUGCAGGGGCAUGUAGAGAACUUGAAGAUAUGUAAAUAUAGUGUGGAAUGGAAAAGAGAA